CCAUCUGGCCCAUGUAUGUAAAUGGUCAGACAGUGGGCAGUGCAGGGGCAGGUUGCCAUUCAUAAAAGGCACCCACCAUUUUGGAUUGUGCGCGCUCCCUGGAAAGCGCGCGGCACCGCGAUCGCUGUACGGGACCUCUGUGUGAGGUCCCGAUCAUGUGGAUCACUGAUUGGCCAAUCAGUGAUCACAUGGAUAGGUGUAAGCAAGGUGUCACUUCUGACAUCAUUGCUUACUACGUGUCAAAUCUGUGAAUGAUCACAGGAGAUCGCAUGGUACAAGGCUAUUCACAACAGCCUUGUACCAUGUGACAAGCUGUGACCAAUCACAUCUCGUACAGUAUUUCUCAAUGGCUGCAAGAAUGCAGCCAGAGAGAAGGAGAAAUUAUUGGUUUUACAGCCUUUAUGGGUGUAAAAGCAAUCACUGUAAAAAAA